GCUUCAUGGCGCUCUGAUGACAUCGGAGAAAAACAGGCUCUAUAAAUCCGGCCGCUCUCAGUCCACAGAGUUUUCCCAGUUUAUUGGAGACAAACAGAGAUAGAGGGACCAAACUCAGCGCAGCUCAAUCCCUGAACGACACACUUCACCACAGUGCCAUGGAGUUUCCAGACCUAGGGGAGCAUUGCUCAGAGAAGUCCUGCAAGCAGCUGGAUUUUCUGCCGAUGAGAUGUGAUGCUUGUGAAGAAAUUUUCUGCAAAGACCACAUUACUUAUGCAAGUCACAAGUGUACUUCCUCAUAUAAAAAGGAUGUCCAGGUCCCAGUAUGUCCACUGUGUAACACCCCCAUUCCAAUUAAAAGAGGGGAAAUGCCUGAUAUCAAAGUUGGGGAACAUAUAGACCGUGACUGCAAAUCAGAUCCUGCACAGAGGAAAAGAAAGAUUUUUACAAACAAGUGUUCAAAGGGAGGCUGUAAGCAGAAGGAGAUGAUCCGUGUGACGUGUGACCAGUGCCACUUGAACUACUGUCUCAAACACAGACAUCCUCUAGACCAUGACUGUAAGACUGACAGUAAACCAGUCUCCAAGUCCGGAAAUGCUGCUUUAAUGAGAGCUCAGGGUGCUUCCAGCAGUAACACUGCAGCCUCAUCCAGUCGAGCGAGCUCCAGAAGUGUCUCUAAUGGACUGGGUGGGAAUGCCCGCCCUCAGAGCACUAGUGCACAGAGGACCUCAGCUCCAGCUUCCAUGGCUCCACCUCCAGCACAGAAUGUAAUACCUCCAUCAGCGUCCUUUCAGGCUGGACUGACGGAGGAGCAGGCUCUCCAGCGGGCGUUAGAGAUGUCACUGGCAGAAUCGGCGCGGACCACCCAGCCAUCCCUCAGUCCUCAGGAGCAGGAGGAUCUGGCCCUGGCUCAGGCCCUCGCUGCUAGUGAGGAAGAGUACCGACGGCAGCAGCAGAGACAACAGGUAUCCAGAACCCUUAGCAGUCAGUAGCAUGCUAUGCUAUGCUAUAUGCUAGCAGGACGCCGAUUAGGGGAGGGAAUCCAAGCAGUCCAACUGCCUCUUGUCUUAACAUCAGUUCCUACUGAACCAGUGCAAUCUGCCUCAAUCUGCACAAACAGCAUCUGAACCAGUUAUCUGAACACACUGAUCCUCAGUGCAACAUGGAAAUUCCUGAAUCACUGAAUGAACACAGCUGAGAACUUUUAGAUUCUACUCUUUUUGUGCUUCUUAUAUAUAAACGGACGGGAAAUGCUGCUGUUUUUCAGGGGCGUGUAAUAUGUAAAUAUUUUAUAUAGUGAUCAUGUUCAUCCAUAAUUAAAUGUAGAUGUUUCUGAGAAUAAAUUAUUUUAAUCAAAUUUAAA